CGUCCUCUUUUUCACAAAAAGAAAUACAUUUAUCAAACCAAUUAUAUAUCAUUGCUCUUCAUAGGAUUCAUGUGAUCCAAAUACAUUAUGCUCAUUAAAUUCUUGACUCAAAAUUUGAGAUAUGUAAAUAAUUUAUACUUCUUUUCUUGGCAAUCUCUCUCCCUCUCAUAUCUGAUUAUAUAGAUAGGAGAGAGAGAUCAAACUGAACUCUAGCAUGUGGCCAUGGACAGAUUUACAAAGCUAAUCUUCAGUCCAGAAGCAGUAAAGUUUAUCUCCCUCACCAAUUUCCUGGUAGCUGCAACUGUUUUCACUAUUGUAUUUAGCUUACUCUAUUUCAGAUCCACUUAUGUUUACCUUAUCGAUUUCAACUGCUAUUUGCCACCGGAUAACUUGCGAACAUCAGCUGCCAAGUUCCUUGAACACGUGAAGCUGAGCAACUUGUUCGAUAGAGAGAGCAUGGAUUUCCAAGAGAGAGUAUUUGAGAGAUCCGGAGUCGGACCUGAGGCUUGUAUGCCGCUUCCUAUGCACGAAAUCCCGCCGAAUACUUCCUACGAUAGUGCAAGAGACGAGAUCGAAACAGUUCUUUUUGCGGCCGUCGAUGAACUACUUUCGAAGCACAAAGUUGAUGCAAACAGCAUAGACUUUCUGGUGUCUAAUUGCAGCCUGUUUUGCCCCACCCCCUCCAUUACUUCUAUGAUAAUAAACAGAUUUGGAUUCAGAAGCAAUAUAAAGAGCUUUAACUUGAGUGGAAUGGGGUGUAGCGCUGGAAUGGUGUCCAUGAGCUUGGCCAGAGAUCUCCUGAUAGUUCACAAAAACUCAACGGCUUUAGUUCUCAGCAUGGAAGCUGUAACACCAAAUGGAUAUAGAGGAAAAACAAAGUCAAUGCUUAUACCUAACAUUCUCUUUCGAAUGGGUGGAGCAGCUAUAUUGUUGUCCAACAUGAAGAAAGACAAGCACAUAGCAAAAUACAAGCUUCAGCACAUUGUUCGAACCCAUAUGGGAUCCGAUAAUCAGGCUUACCAAUCGGUUUUUCAGAAACCAGAUGAAGACGGGAUUGUCGGGGUUUCACUGUCAAGAGAUCUUCUUCAGGUAGCAGCAAAGGCUCUUACAACAAACAUAUCAACUUUAGGCCCGCUUGUACUGCCCUACUCAGAGCAGCUUCGAUAUGGAUGGUCUUGGAUCACCAGGAAAUUUUGGCCACCUGCGAAUGGGAAAGAAUUGUAUGUGCCAAAUUUCAAGAAGGCUUUUGAGCAUUUCUGCAUACACGCUGGCGGAAAAGCAGUUAUCGAUGCGGUAGAGAAGAGUCUCAAGCUGCAAAAGGAGGAUGGAGAAGCUUCACGAAUGACCUUAUAUAGAUUUGGCAAUACUUCAUCUUCUUCUCUGUGGUAUGAACUCAACUAUCUUGAGGCAAAGGGAAGGGUGAAAAGGGGAGAUAGGGUUUGGCAACUUGCAUUUGGAAGUGGGUUCAAGUGUAACAGUGCAGUCUGGAAAUGCAUUUCAGAGAUUGAUCCAAAAGCAAGAAGUGCAUGGUCAGAUAGAAUCCAUCUAUAUCCCAUUGACAUUGCCAUCCCCUAAAGUUUCUUCUUGACAUAUUCUCCUAAAGGAAACCCCAACUACAGGACUUUUCUACACAAGCAUGGUCAAUACUUCAAUGGCAGAUAAUUACCUUCUUAAUUACUUCUGGUCUAAAAGGGGCACAUACCAUUGUGUGACUAAACUAGUACUAAAUAGUAUUUGUCUACAAAAUCGUAGUCGUAACAAGUCCAAGAAAACAGUGAUCUUGUUCGAGUCAGAUUGACAUCUUUUUUCUAUGUAAACACAUACUCCGUACUGUUUCUACAUACUGUUUUGCUGCAGGCCUGCAGUAACCUUCUCCAGGCAU